GCCGUGGCCGAUGGUUGGGUGUUUUAAAUUGUUCACACAACUAGUGAACAAGUAAAAAAAAUAUAUAUAGUUUAUUAUAAUUUGAAAACAAAAUUAAUAGAAAUUUAAAAAAAUACAACAAAAAAGUUUCUGUAAAAAAAAAACGCAAUUAAUCAAGCAUAUCAAUUAACAAAACAUAAUACUAAACGAAAUAAUAACUAACGAAAAAAAUACAAAUAAAAUAAGAAAACUAAAUCAGGAUACGGUUGAAAGAACUUCAAAUCGGAUUUGGAAUAAAUUAAUUGAAAUUGCGUAAAGAGGGAAAUAAGAAAAAAAUAUGUGUGUUGAACACAAGUUAAAGUGUGUGUGUGUGUGUUUUUGUCGAGUGUUACUAUGAUGAAUAUUAAAGAAUAUUGGAAAAAGUGGUUGUAUUUAAUUACCGUUACCAGGUCAAUCAAAGGCGAUAUUACAAAAUAAAAAAAAUUAAAGUAAACAACAACAAAACAAAAAUUUCCAUUUAAUUAACAAAGCACGCAUAUUUAACAAAACAAAUUGUUAUAUUAACACACAUAUCAUUGAAUGUAAAAUUUAAUUAAAUAAUAAAAAGCAUAUUUAAAAAAAAAAAAAUCUGCUCAAAUUAAUAGAAGAAGUAAAAAUGUAGUUAAUAAAUAUGUAAAUUGUAAUGAAUAAAAAUUAAAAAGAAAAAAUUUCAUAAAACAAAGUUUUAAAAAUGUAUAAGAAAAUCUUAAGUGCAUUAAAACACAAUUUGCAUACAACUGGCAUAAAUUAAGCAAAAAAAUUAAAGAAAAAUAAAAAGAAGAAAGUUUUUAUUGCCAUUAAGAGAGAUUAUAGUUAAAAAACAACAACAACAAUAAAUAAAUAAUAGCAAACAAAAUAAAGUAAAAAAAAAAACACAAAAAUGACAAAAGUUCUCGAAAUGACAUUUUUAAUUCAUCUGCUAGUUUUGCAUUUAACACCGACUGUGUUCUCGACAUCGUCUUCGUCAUCGUCACAUUACGGUCGUGCUCAGAAAGUUAAACACUAUGCUAGUGGCACUUCCUACCAUCAUCCCACAGAUAUUGGGGCAACUUCUCAUCCCACCGAUACACACGCUGCACACUCUAUUAAUGGACGUCAGCGUAAAGUUGAACAUGUGGAUAAUGUUAGCAGUAAUCUUUAUGCCAUGAUUGAUAAUCCCUCCUUAUCGGAGGAAUACUUGGAUCCCUUUAAUGAUCCCCUACAACAGUCGGCCGACACUACAUUGAUUGUCAAUCAUCAACAGAUGAGUACGUGUCAGACGGUUUGUGCCUGCAAGUGGAAAGGUGGCAAACAGACAGUGGAAUGUAUUGAUCGUUUGCUUACUCGCAUACCCGAUAAUAUAGAUCCCUCUACCCAGGUAUUGGAUAUGUCGGGCAACAGAUUGCAGACAUUGCUGAAUGAGCAAUUUGUACGAGCUAAUCUUUUGAAUUUGCAAAAACUGUAUUUGCGCAAUUGUCGCAUUGAACACAUUGAACCGCAAACAUUUAAAGGUCUCACAAAUCUGGUCGAAUUAGAUUUGUCACAAAAUCUUUUGGUCUCAAUACCCUCUAUGGCUCUCAGUUAUAUUUCUUCCUUAAGAGACUUGACCAUAGCUUCCAAUCGUAUACAAAAAGUUGAACCCAAUGCAUUUAUUGAUACUCCAGCUUUGCAUAAAUUGGAUUUAUCCCAUUGCGAUAUACAACAGAUAGCACCUCAGGCAUUUGAGGGUUUAGAGGGUCUAACACUAUUGCGUUUGAAUGGCAAUAAGUUAAGUGAGUUGGUCGCCAAGACAAUUGAAACCCUAAGCCGUUUGCAUGGCAUUGAGUUACACGACAAUCCCUGGAUUUGUGAUUGUCGUUUGCGUGAGGCCAAGUUGUGGCUUAUGCAAAAGAAUAUACCCUAUCCGGUGGCGCCAGUAUGUGCAGGAGGUCCUGAACGUGUCUUGGAUCAAACUUUUGGCGAACUAAGCAUCGAUGAUUUUGCCUGUAAACCAGAGCUGUUGCCCUCCAAUCAUUAUGUAGAAGCUACUAUGGGCGAGAAUGCCUCGAUAUUGUGUCGCGCCAAAGCUAUACCAGCGCCUACUGUUAAUUGGUAUUGGAAUGGUCGUUUGUUGACAAAUAACAGCGCCUUCAGCUCCCAUCAACGUUUGCAUAUAUUCGAACAUGGUGGUUUUGAAAAGACUUCACGCUUAGUGCUGACCAAUGCUCAGGAAAUCGAUUCCAGUGAGUUCUUUUGUGUUUCGGAAAAUCGUGCCGGUUCCACAGAGGCCAAUUUCACUUUGCAUGUUAAGAUGCGUGCGGCAGGCAUGGCUUCUCUAGGCAGUGGUCAAAUAGUUGGCUUAAGCGCUGCUCUAGUGGUUCUUAUAUUAUUUGUUUUACUAUUCGUUUCCUUUCUACUAAUGCGGCUAAAGCGGGAACCUUAUAAUGCCAGUAAAACACCCAAUCAUAUGGAGGUUAUUACCAGUAUUAACCAGCAGAAUAUGAUUAUCAAUAAAACCCAGGCCAAUGGCACGGUUAAUAAUACCAACUCCAACUUGGGAGAGGUGAAAAUAAGCGACGAAACCAUACACUUGGAUAGUGCGGGUACGGAAAAUGCCAAUCCUUUGCAGAAACCGCCACGUUUAACGGAUAUGUCUUAUGCCACCAGUAGUUAUGACAAAGCCGGUAGUGUUUUGGUUACAGCGCCUUGUUUCAUUUCACCUACUGCCUCAGCGGGCAAUAAUCCAGAUUUGAUUAAUGACACUAAACGUUAUGAGGGAGAAGAGUUUUCCGAUUUGAAAAUACCGCCCAUAUUGACAAAAGCCUUGGCUACAGAUCUGGCUAGCUUGACGACGAAUGGUGAAUAUAAAAGAGCGGGCGGUUGUGAUUCUUUAUAUCCCUCGGGUCUGUGGGAGGAUAUAACAUCGGUGACCUGUACUUCCUCGGCAGAUGAUUUGUUCCUACGACGUUAUUCCGAUAAAACACCCAUAAUGGAUGCCACACAACUGUACGACAUGCAUGAUGGCAGCACUAGUAAUGAUAAUUUCAGUAAAACCUUUCCACGCACCAGCUUUAAUCACAAUCUGCAGUCGAACGAUGGCAGUUGUAAUAUAAAUACCGAAUCUACUGCCUCUACCACCACCACCAAUCUAUCGAAUUCUGGUUCGGGCAUUGUAAUGGGUGGUUAUCCCAAUGAUUAUGGUUUGCCAGUGGUGCCCGGAGCCGAACUGCAGCUUAAUCAUCAUAUGCAAAUGAAUUCUUUGCAGAAACAACUUUUAGGCGGUACACUGGGUCGAACCAGUGUUAGUAAUCCUUUAAGUAGAGCUACCCUAAUGUCCAGCAAUAAUGGCAACGGCAGCAGUAGUAGUCCACCAUUUACAAGUCGAACGUUGCCACGACAAAAACCCACUACCAGCUAUGAUGCCAAUAGUUCACGCAGCUCACCGGUACACAAUAAUGUCUUAGUAAAUCCAGCCACGAUCAAUGCCAAAACGAUACGUGUGUGGCAGAAAGGAGGAGUACCCGUUCUACCACCUGUUACCGCCAUCAAAAGAGCCUUAAUUAGCACGAGUCGUAGUUCACCCGAUGAGGGCUAUCAAGAGGGCUGUGGCACCGAUGUAUAAACUAUUUAAACAAAAAAUAACUCUUAUAACUCAAAACUUUCCUACUGUACAAGUUUAAAAAGAAAAAAAAAAAACACAAAAACUAAUGAACUAACAAAUAAUACAAAUUACGCUUUGUAAAUGAAGAAGUUAGAUGAAUGUUUUAUGCAGCAUCUCAUUUUGCGCCUGACUGAAUUUAGUUGCAUCUAUACUUCAUCAUCGAUUACGAUACUUGUAUAAGCAAUAAUCAACUCUAAACUUAAGUAUUAUUGUCAUCUUCAUCAUCAUCGUCAUCAUCAUCAUUAACAGCAACAUCAUUUCAUUUAAGAAAAAAAAAAAAACUCAUUAAUGGAUUGUGGACUGACUGAAAGAAAUAAAUUUAAAAAAAAAAUUGAAAAUAAAAACAAAAAGAUACGCUCAUGUUGCGUAUCAACAGGAUUGUGAUAGUGUAUGCGUAAAUAGAUAAUAAUUUUGUAUAAAAAUAAAUUAAUAAAAAUUAUAAUUAAACAAAAAUAUCUAAAUUUAAAAAUGAAAUUAAUUAAUUACCCCAAAUUAAAACAACAUUAGGAUAAAUAACAACAAUAAUUGCAGCAAAGAAGUUUAUGUUAAUUAUUAAUUUUUUUUUUCAAAAUAAAUAUAAACAAAUUUCACUCCCCUCCUUGACCUCCCCUUCAAACACAAUUUAAAAAAAAAAAAUUAUUAAGAAAAAUUAAGCAAAAUGUUUAAACUGUAUAAAGUUAACAAAAAAAAAAAAAUGUUUAAUUAAUUCUACAUACAUACACAGAGAGAAAUAAAGCGGUAGAAAUGUAUCUAAAUUGAUACAAUCUGCCAACAACAAGGGAUGUGUAUUUCGACAACCACCGUUAUAAUUAGGACAACGCAUAGCUUUGUGUUAUUUUGGCAAAUGCAUCGUGUUGUGAAUUCGACAACGAGUAGUUUUUAUUAAGACAACGCAAAGUUCUGUUUUGAUAACAUGGUGUUGUCACUUUCGUAACACAUAUGUCUAAUUCACUAUUCGUGUUGUACGGUUGUAUGUCGUACUUUUUAUAAUAAUUGAUUUGUUUUUGUUAAAAAAAAUAUUUGGAAAAAUAAAAGCAGUUAAAUAAUUUUAGAUACAUACACAGAGAGAAAUAAAGCGCUAGAAAUGUAUUGAAAUUUCUACAAUCCGUCAACGACAACGGAUGUGUUUUUUGACAACCACCGUUGUAAAUGUGAAAACGCAUCGUUUUGUGUUAUUUAUGCACAAAUGCACCAUUGUGAAUUCUACAACAAAUCUUUGUCAUUUAGACAAUACAAAGUUUUGUUUUGAUAACAUAGUGUUGUCACUUUGGUAACAUAUUUGUCUAUUUCACAAUCCCUGUUGUAUGGUUGUAUCGUAGUAUAUUGUAUUUUUUUAAUUCUUGAUUUCUUUUUGUUUAAAAAAAAGUUUUAUCGUUGUGAAUUUGACUACAAAUCGUUGUUAUUUAGACAACGCAAAGUUCUAUUUGACAACUUAGUGUUGUCUUUUUGGUAACACGUUAUUCUAAUUCACAGUUGAUACAAUCCAUCAACGACAACGGAUAUGUAUUUUAACAACCACUGUUGUAGUUGUGACAACGCAUGGCUUUGUGUUAUUUUGACAAAUGCAUCGUUGUGAAUUUGACAACGAAUCGUUGUUAUUUAGACAAGGUUCUGUUUGACAACUUAGUGUGUUGUCUCUUUGGUAACAAAUUUGUCUAAUUCACAAACUCUGUUGUAUGGUUGUAUCGUAGUAUGUUGUAAUUUUUAAUUAUUGAUUUGUUUUUGUUUAAAAAUUUUAAUCGUUGUGAAUUCGACAACAAAUCGUUGUUCUUUAGACAACAUUUGUCAAAUUCACAAUCGUUAUCGUACUUUUUUUUAUUAUUGAUCCGUUUUUGGUAAAAAAAAAAUAUUUGUAAAAAUUUUAUGACAUACAAUUUUACAACGAUACAACAGCGACUGUGAUUUUACAAAUAUCCUUUUUCUGUUAAUUUCAUAACGUAUUUCUUUGUAUUAUGUUAUUGAUUUGAAAACAAUUCGUACAUACAUUGACAACGGUUGUUAUAAUCACUUUGAUGUCAAUUUGUUACCCCAUUCGUGUAGAAAUUUAUAACUUUUUUUCUUUCUGUGUACAUAAAAGCAUAUGUAUGUAUUUGUAAAAUGUAAAUUUCUCUAAUUUUUUAUAAUUUUUAUUUGUAGCUAAUAA